AAGUGUCCGGACUGGAAGGGGGGGGAAAGUGUCCGGAUUGGAAGGGGGGGAAAGUGUCCGGAUUGGAAGGGGGUGAAAGUGUCCGGACUGGAAGGGGGGGGGAAAGUGUCCGGACUGGAAGGAGGGGGUGAAAGUGUCCGGACUGGAAGGGGGGGAAAGUGUCCGGAUUGGAAGGGGGGUGAAAGUGUCCGGACUGGAAGGGGGGGGGAAAGUGUCCGGACUGGAAGGGGGGUGAAAGUGUCCGGACUGGAAGGGGGGGAAAGUGUCCGGACUGGAAGGGGGGGAAAGUGUCCGGACUGGAAGGGGGUGAAAGUGUCCGGACUGGAAGGGGGUGAAAGUGUCCGGACUGGAAGGGGGGGGAAAGUGUCCGGACUGGAAGGGGGGAAAGUGUCCGGACUGGAAGGGGGGGAAAGUGUCCAGACUGGAAGGGGGUGAAAGUGUCCGGACUGGAAGUGGGGGAAAGUGUCCGGACUGGAAGGGG